GUGAUCUUCGCGCUGCGGCUGCGGGUGCAGAUUGGCUUGCCAUCCAGAAAGCGGUCCAGACUUUGUUGCAGCAGUCUUCUACUGACCAUCGACUGCGUGAGGUCAAGCACAAGAGCCGGGUACCGCACAAUGCCUCACAACUGGUGCCGUUUAAGAGCAUGAAAAAGGCUUCGAUGCAGGCAAUGCAUGCACUGGGCGGUACAGGAACACAAAAGCAGGUCCAAGACCACUUGCGCCGGAACCCAGGUCUUAUUGAAGGGGCGAACGCUUCAAACCUGGAGCGAUGCCUUAAGCGUGUCCGGGUAAGAAGGUAUUGUGAGCAGCGCGGCAGGAAUGACUCAGGUGAGAUUAUUUGGGGCGUGCCAGCCGAAGCGCUUCCUCGAGGGGUCACUCGAGUCAAGAAUGGUUUUAGAGCUUCAUUUAACGGCCGGAUCAUGGGAUUCUCAUUUAGGGGCCCUCGCAGACAAUGUUCCAGAGCUGCGCAGAGAGAUCACGAGAAGCUGGGGCAGCUUUACAAGACCAUGACACCAACGGCAAUGGUGGCUUACGUCCAAGCUUGGUUUGGAGCUACUGUGGGCAUAGUCAAUCGGCAUAGGCCCUAA